AUGUCGCCCAUCGUCCGCCUAACGCUUUUCAAAAUCCCCGACCCCGCCGUCGUCCAACAGGCAGUCCAGAAAUACUCCACGCUGUAUCAGGAAGCGCUCAAGGACGGAAAACCCUACAUCCAGAUCUCCGCCGGCCACGUAACCCACAGCGACCCGCACAGCAGAGGCUACACCUUUGUCGCGCGGACCGUCUUCCUGAGCAAAGAGGAUAUGGAUUACUACGAUGAGAAGGACGAGAAGCAUGGGGAGAUUAAGAGUUUACUAAAGGGGAAGGUGGAGGAGGGGCCGCCGGUUGUGGUGUGUAUGGAUGGUUGA